UAAAUAUCCUUUCCAAUCAGAUAAGUAUUUUACCGUAAAACAUUAGGUUAUUGACUGAUCUGCCAUGGCGUAGUGACCUCCUGUGACCUCAGAACAGCUUAUCUGUUGUCUCUAGGUCAGAGGCAUAAGGUUAUGUACAUCGAUAGCAUGCUCAAUAUAAGUAAGUGCUUCAGCACUUAAGGGGACAGUGAAAAUAUCUGAGCAGCUGGAAG